UCGAGACAACAUCAGGAUAGGAAUGAUGAACCUAUAACAUUUUACAAAUCAGGACGUGUGUAAGUGUGUGUGUGUGUGUGUGUGGGUUGGUGGGGGCAUAUUUUUCCACUUCGUGUUCUCAUUCAGAUGAAAACAGCUCGCUGAGAGAAUGUGCCUGUUCUUCAAGGUUUAAGGUCUCUGGCUCUGCCCACUGUGAGCUCCUUUUUCUAAGAUGUUGAAGGCUUCAUGCAUUCUCCGUGGCAAUCGAGGAUAUAAUUUUUGGGAAAUUAGUCAAGAAUUAUUUUCUUUUUAAUAAUUUAAACCCAGCGAAAUCGAAAGAGUUUGUGACAUGUUUCACUGUGACUUUGGUCAAGCCUCAAAUUUGAUCUCAUGCAGUCAAAUUUUAACUCCGGUCCUGUUAUUUACGGAUAAUAUCAGCACAAAGGAUUUUUAAAAACAAAGGUCAUCAGACAUGUCUGCAGGAAUAUGUAUAUUUUUUUGCUCGAUUCUGCUGCUUGCUGGCGUCUUUGUGUCCGUCUCUGCAGACCAGAAAAACAUCACAGUUCAGUCUGGACAGACUGUCAGUCUACCAUGUCAAGCUCCAAAUAAUAAGGGCACCAUCAGAGUGGUAAGGUGGACCAAACCUGGCCUACAAAAUGAAAAUGUCUAUUUGUAUGUGGAUCGGCGAUUCUAUCUCGAGGAGCAGAAUCCAUCUUUUAAGAACCGGGUGGAUCUGCAGGACAGACAGAUGAAGGAUGGAAACGUGUCUUUGAUUCUGAAGGAUGUGACGGUUAAUGACGCUGGAACAUACAAGUGUCUUAUACGAGUGUUGUUGGCAGCAAGUACCAACGAUCACAUCAACAACAUCACCCUGAGAGUUGUUCCUCCAGGUCAGACAAGAGGAUUCAGAGAGAAUGGAUCUGUUGGACUGAAAGUUGGUCUGUAUGUUCCUGUUUUGCUCCUUUUUUUAAUUUUAUUUUUUGAGGUACAGAAUAUGUAAAGAAAACAGUCAUUAAUGAAACCAACCUCAGUUUUUUUUCAUUAAUGAAAUCAAGAAAACAAAAAUGAUCUGACGACAGACGGACCUUAAAGAUGGGGGACAUUCAGCUGUACAUUUCAAACAUCUAAAAUUUUAAUUUCUUUCACAUGUCUUUUGAACAUCUUUGUAAUGUCUGCCUGUAGCUUUAUGACCUACAGUUUUUUUCACCUUCAGUAUUUUAAUAUGGUUUGCUCACACCAAGUUAAACUGUUUUACACAGGUACAUUACAGUACGCUCUGCUGUAUUAGAAUCAGUGACUUGCUGUAGUUGAGUUUAUAUUCUUUGUAAAAUAUUGUUUAUUUUUCUGUCAUGCAGCUGUGGAAAAUAUACAACUUCAUUUUGAGCCAAAGUCACUAUACAUAUAUGUAUAUUACUGUAUAUUACAUAUCCAGCUCCUUCAUGAACUCUCCUAAUUAAAAAUCCAGUGUCUUGUA